CCAUAGCAAAACCCAAUUUACUCAAUAAAAUGUAUUCCUUAAUUUUCACACAGUCAAGCAAAAAACUAGCAAAAACCCUUUGCUCUCCAGUUCGCCAACAAUUCAGAUUCUUCACCUCAUUUGAAAUCAAGGAGACUCCAAAGCUGAAGCUGCACUCUUACUGGAGGAGCUCGUGCUCUCAGCGAGUGAGGAUUGCGCUCAAUCUCAAAGGGCUGGAGUAUGAGUACAAAGCAGUGAACCUUUUGAAGGGAGAGCAGUUCACUCCAGAGUUUGAGAAGUUGAACCCACUCAAAUAUGUUCCGGUAUUGGAAGAUGGAGAUGUAGUAGUUGCUGAUUCGUUUGCGAUCCUUUUGUAUUUGGAGGAUAAAUAUCCUGAACAUCCUCUUCUCCCUCGGGAUCUUCAAAAGAAAGCCCUGAACAUCCAGGCAGCAAGUGUUGUCACUUCAAGUAUUCAGCCUCUUCAGAAUCUUGCUGUCCUGAAUUACAUCGAGGAAAAAAUCAGCUCUGAUGAGAAACUAGUAUGGGUUCAGCGUCAUCUCAACAAAGGCUUCGCAGAAAAAAUGCAUUCGAAAAACAAGUGUUCAUGGCUUUCCAUUCCAAGUCUACACAAUGAGCAGCAAUUACUUGAUAAAAGACCCAUUUUCAUGAGCCUGUCUUGGGUAAGCUGUCUCUUUUGAAUCAUCAACAAGAAAAUGAAUGCAUGCUUUGGUAUAUUGAGAGAACUCCAAACCAUUCCAUACCAUGGCACAACAGGAGAGGAGGAAACAAUAUCACCAUAAAUUUCAGCCAUUUUAAAUUUCCCAGAGGAAGACCAUUGUCUGAACUUUAAAAGCGAAUUCACAUAAGACCCCCAUUUCACUAGAAUACUAGAUACAAGUUUCUCACUUUCAGGAGUUGCUUCCAAGCCCAAGAGUCACCAGUUCUAGCUUGAACAUGCCAAAUAUCAUGCAUUUUUAAGUAGUUUCUAUGAACCCACUUGAUCCAUAGUAAACUUUUUUCUCACUGACAGCCCAUAUCCACGUCAAUGCAGUGGCAUCACUCUAUCCUACAACAGAGAAGAUCCCCAGACCACCCUGAUUUACACCCUUACAUAAGGACUUCCAAGCAACAAGUACACUGUUGCAUGAAUCAUGGGUGCUUCCUGAGAUGAACCUCCUGCAUACGGCAUCAACUUGUUUAAGAACACUUUUUGGUAAUACAAAGUUACUAGGCCAGUAAACUUGUAUCCCAAACAGAACACUCUUAACCAGCUGCACUUUUCCGGCAUAUGAGAGUUUCCUUGUCUGCCAACACUGAAAUUUUGUUGCAAUUUUAUUCACCAUAGAGCUGCAAUCACUUGUAGACAACCUUCUACUUACCAUAGGCAUAAUCCAUAUUGUUGACUGAAACCAGAGAGACAAUCAUCCAACAGCUUCAUAGAUGUAAAGUGAACAAUAUGGAUUAGCAUGCUAAUCCAUAUUGUUGACUGAAAACAGAGAAAAAUCAUGCAAGAGCUUCUUAGAUGUAAAGUCAUCUCUACCAAAUAACAAGAAGUCAUUAGCAAAAGUUAGAUGAUUAAUUUUUAACUGAGCACGUUUUGGCUGGAAGUGAAACAUUCUGUUGUGACACAACCACCUUGAGAGUUGAGAGAUACUCCACACUAAGGACAAAUAGGUAAGGUGAUAAGGGGUCACCUUGCCAUAAUCCCAUUCUACCAGGGAAAUAACUAUGAAGACUCCCUUUGAAAAAUGGAUAAAAUAAUCAUUUCACCCUUAAAGUAUUGAUGAACUCUUAAGUUGCUCCCUACAGUAUCAAUUUGCCUAAUUUCCCCUUAAACUAUAUAUAUACACACACAUAUAAGGAAAAUUUUAUAUGAGCUGACAGCUCAUUUUGCUAAAUGAGCUGACGCCUCUAUGACACGUGAGCUCCCUGCUAGUCACA